GCCACCUAGUGGUGAAGAACAGCAUUGGACAUCCACGCUGCUAAAAAUAUCUACCUGUCUAACUUACAGGAGUGCUCUCGAGCAAAUGCUGUCCUGAGGAAUGGAUGCGACUGAAUACAAGCUGUUAUUAUCUAUCAACUAAUAAAGCAACCUGGGAGGAAAGUAAAUCCAACUGCUCCUCCAUGGGGGCUCAUCUUGCUGUGAUUGAAGACGCCAAGGACCUGAUGUCUUUGAUUCGUCAAAGCGGGAUAUCGGAGUGUUUUUGGAUCGGCCCUCAGGACAUAAGAAGUCGGACUGAUCGGCUGUCCUCCAAUCCAAACCUAUGGCCUUUGGAUAAUAAAGACAAACAAAACUGUGGAUGCGUCAGACGUGAGGGAAUAAAAAGUGAAAAUUGCAAAAGUAAGCAGCAUUGGAUCUGUGAGAGGCAAACGGCACACUAGACUCUAAGGAAAGCGGGUGGGCACAGCCCUCUUGGGCACCCAGCAUGGACGAAAGCAACUUCAA